AUGCUCAACAUUUUCAGCCUCUGGGGAACCUUCAACAGUGUCAUCUUCUACAUCACGCUUGUCAUCAGCGUGCUGGGGAUGGUGGGCAACGGAUUGGUGCUCUGGAACCUGGGCUUCCACAUCAAGAAGGGCCCCCUCAACACCUAUGUGCUAAACCUGGCUGCCGCAGACUUCCUGUUCCUCUCCUGCCAGGUGGGCUUCUCUGCUGCCCAGGCCGUGCUGGGCUCCUCCAACGACACACUCUACUUCGUGAUCACCUUCAUCUGGUUCUCAGUGGGGCUCUGGCUGCUGGCCUGCCUCUGCCUCGAGUGCUGCCUCUCCAGCAUCUUCCCCUCCUGUUACCAGAAAUACCGCCCCCGGCUCACCUCAGCUGUGCUCUCAGCCCUGGUGUGGGGACUGACCCUGCCGGCUGUGUUGCUGCCUGCCAAUGCCUGUGGGAUGCUGCAUAAUAGCACACGCCUGCUGGCCUGCCUCCGCUACCAUGGGGUCAGCAUCACCUGGCUGCUGGCAGUGGUGUGCGUGGCCAUUGGGACCACCUUGGUUCUCUUCAUCUGGGUGACCUGCUGCUCCCAGCGUCAGCACCCCAAGCUCUACAGAAUCGUCCGGUGCUCGGGGAUCCUGCUCUUCCUCUGCCGCCUGCCCAUGGUCAUCUACUGGAGUCUGAGGCCCAUCCUGAAGUUCCUGAUCCCCUUCUUACUCCCACUGGCCACCCUCCUGGCCUGCAUUGACAGCAGCACCAAGCCUCUCUUGUACUUCCUGGUGGGCAUACAACCCGGGAAACGGGAGCCCCUGAGGGUGGUCCUGCAAAAGGCCCUUGGGGAGGAGGCCCAAGUGAGCCUUGGAGGGCUGUCCCUGCCAAUGAGCCGCGUCUAG